CCUAAGGAAAGGCUGUUCAGCCAAAGCAGCUGUCCGCAUGGCCGAGGGAAGACUCCCAGAGAGUCCACCAGGCCUGUGGGAAAACGCGGAGUCAAGGCGCAGACGGCGUGGAGUGCUCAGAUGACCGCAGAGAGUGCCUCCCUCCUCUCCUGGAUGGAAGCUGGGGUUCUGAGGCUCCUUCUCUGACAUCUGGAAGCUGAUGACCCCCACCAGGAAGAAGCCCACUGCCAAUUUGACACCGCUGUGCCACGUGGUCAUCUGACACAAAAGCUUCAGUCGCUGCUGGAACGGGCGGCGGAGACAUGAGACCGUAGCAGCCUCGCCCACCCGGGAGUUUCAGGAUGGCGGCCCAGCGGAUCCGAGCGGCCAACUCCAGCGGCCUCCCUCGGUGCAAGUCGGAGGGGACCCUGAUUGACCUGAGCGAGGGCUUUUCAGAGACUAGCUUUAAUGAUGUCAAAGUGCCUUCUCCCAGUGCCUUGCUAGCUGACAACCCCACGCCUUUUGGAAAUGCGAAGGAGGUGAUUGCCAUCAGGGACUAUUGCCCGACCAACUUCACCACGCUGAAGUUCUCCAAGGGCGACCACCUCUACGUCCUGGAUACGUCAGGUGGGGAGUGGUGGUACGCGCACAACACCACGGAAAUGGGCUACAUCCCUUCCUCCUACGUGCAGCCCUUGAACUACCGGAACUCGACGCUGAGCGACAGCGGCAUGAUCGACAAUCUCCCGGACAGCCCGGACGAAGCUGCCAAAGAGCUGGACCUGCUGGGAGGCUGGACAGAUGGCCAGAAAGAAUCAGGCAGAGCCUACAGUACUAACCCUUUCUGGAACGGGGUCCAAACAAACCCGUUUCUGAAUGGAAAUGUGCCUCCCAGCUUGGAUGAGCUCAAUCCCAAAAGUACCGUCGACCUGCUGCUUUUCGACACGGGCGCGUCCUCGUUCACUGAAUCCAGCUCCGCCACGACGAGCAGCACCGGCCACACCUUCGAUGAGCUUCCAGCCACCAACGGGCCCCACGUGGAGCAGCCGGUCAGGCGGGACAACCCCUUCUUCAGAAGCAAACGUUCCUACAGCCUAUCGGAGCUUUCCGUCCUACAAGCCAAGUCUGACACUCCUGAGACAUCUAGUUUUUUCUCGGGCUUGAAGUCCCCUGCGCCAGAGCAGUUCCAGAGCCGGGAGGAUUUCCGAACCGCCUGGCUGAACCACCGGAAGCUAGCCCGGUCCUGCCACGACUUGGACCUGCUUGGUCAAAGCCCAGGUUGGGGCCAGACUCAAGCGGUGGAGACCAAUAUUGUGUGCAAGCUGGAUAGUUCUGGGGGCUCCGUGCAACUUCCAGACACCAACAUCAGCAUCCACGUGCCUGAGGGCCACGUAGCCCCUGGGGACACACAGCAGAUCUCCAUGAAAGCUCUGCUGGACCCUCCGCUGGAACUCAACAGUGACAGGUCCAGCAGCAUCAGCCCCCUGGUAGAGGUCAAGCUCAGCAACCUGGAGGUCAACACCUUCCUUACCUUGGAGGUGAAGGUGUCCGCAGAGGUGAAGAGUGACAUUUUUAGCAAAAGCACAGUGGGCCUACAGUGCCUGAGGAGCGACUCGAAGGAAGGGCCCUACGUGCCCAUCCCGCUCACCUACAGCUACGGGGACACUGUCCAGGUGCAGCUGGAUAACCUGGAGCCCUGCAUGUACCUAGCCAUCGUGGCGCAUGGCCCGAGCAUCCUCUACCCGUCUACCGUGUGGGACUUUAUCAACAAGAGGGUCACCGUGGGGCUGUACGGUCCCAAACACAUUCACCCGUCCUUCAAGACGGUGGUGACUAUUUUUGGGCAUGACUGUGCCCCCAAGACCCUCCUGGUCACUGAGGUCACCCGUCAGGCCCCCAGCCCUGCCCCUGUGGCCCUGCAGCUGUGGGGCAAACACCAGUUCAUCUUGUCCAGACCCCAGGAUCUCAAAGUCUGUAUGUUUUCCAACAUGACCAACUAUGAAGUCAAGGCCACCGAGCAAGCCAAAGUGGUGAGAGGCUUCCAGACGAAGCUGGGCAAGGCGAGCCGCCUCAUCUUCCCCAUCACCUCCCAGAACCCCAACGAGCUGUCCGACUUCACGCUCAGGGUGCAGGUCAAGGACGACCAGGAUGCCAUCCUUACUCAGUUUUGUGUCCAGACGCCGCAGCCACCCCCUAAAAGCGCCAUCAAGCCGUCUGGCCAGAGACGGUUUCUCAAGAAGAACGAAGUCGGGAAGAUCAUCCUGUCUCCCUUUGUUGCCACCACCAAGUACCCAACGUUUCAGGACCGCCCGGUGUCCAGCCUCAAGUUUGGCAAGCUGCUCAAGACGGUGGUGCGGCAGAGCAAGAGCCACUACUUGCUGGAGUACAAGAAGGGCGACACGGUGGCCCUGCUCAGCGAGGAGCGCAUCCGGCUCAAGGGGCAGCUGUGGACCAAAGAGUGGUACAUCGGCUACUAUCAGGGAAAGGUGGGCCUGGUGCACGCCAAGAACGUGCUGGUGGUGGGCAAGGUGAGGCCCAGCGCGGUCCCGGGGCCCGAGCUGAGCACGUCGGUGCUGCUGGAGCAGAUCCUGCGGCCCUGCAAGUUCCUCACCUACAUCUACGCCUCUGUGCGGACGCUGCUCAUGGAGAACGUCAGCAACUGGCGCGCCUUCGCCGACGCCCUGGGCUACGGGAACCUGCCGCUCACCGCCUUCUGCCGAGCCGACCUGGACAGCGAGCCCGAGCGCGUCGCAUCCGUCCUGGAGAAGCUGAAGGAGGACUGUAACAACCCCGACCACAGAGACCGGAAGUCCUUCCAGAAGGAGCUGGUGAUGGCCUUGUUGAAAAUGGACUGCCAGGGCCUGGUGGUCAGGCUCAUCCAAGACUUCGUGCUCCUGACCACAGCCGUUGAGGUGGCACAGCGCUGGAGGGAGCUGGCCGAGAAACUGGCCAAGGUCUCCAAGCAACAGAUGGAUGCUUACGAGUCUCCCCACCGUGACAGGAAUGGGGUGGUGGACAGCGAGGCCAUGUGGAAACCUGCCUAUGACUUCUUACUCACCUGGAGCCACCAGAUCGGGGACAGCUACCGCGACGUCAUCCAGGAGCUGCACACAGGCCUGGACAAGAUGAAGAAACCCAUCACCAAGCGCUGGAGGCACCUCACCGGGACCCUGAUCCUGGUGAACUCGCUAGACAUCCUGCGAGCAGCCGCCUUCAGCCCCGCGGACCAUGACGACUUUGUGAUCUGAGCCGGAGCCCGAGCCGGACCCCUCAGCUGACCUCCCUUCCAUCCCGGGGACUGUGCCGUUAGCAGGGGACACAGUGGGAUGGCUGCAAGGGACCACGGACACCUGAAGAUCCACCCCUCUCUCCUCCAUCCAGAGACACGGGGUUUCCACUGCAGACUGUUGCCAAUCAAGUUGCUUUCUUUUGGUUGAAGUGUACAGUUAAUUUUAAAAUCACUUUUUUUUGUUGUUUUUUACAAAAGACUGGGGAGGGAACAUGAGAAAGGUGGUAUCUAAUUUUUUAAUGGACUAUAAUGGUUAUUAAAACUCCUUAGUAGCCAGAUGCUGCUGAGGUUUUUUCUGUUGUCUGAUGACCUUUGUAAAUUAUGUUACCCAUGUACAUAGGUAUUUAAAGGCCGCGGGCGUUUUGACCCCCAGCCACACUUUGCGUCUCACCACUCGCCGUGGAAAGGCGCUGGCUCCACACUGGGCCUUUUCCACUCGCUCGUCACCUGUGGCAAAUCUUGUGGACUGGCUGGCGGGUGCUCAUCAGUGGAUCUCACAGUCACCCAUCCUCCCCAAGGUCACCCAAGGUCCCACCCCUCCUUACUUCGUCCCUUGCUGUAGGCAGCGACCACCACAGGCCGUGUGACUCGGUAAGCCCUGUUGGCAAUUAUGCCCCCACAGUGACAGGUGAAUGCCACCAAGAUGUUUCUGCCUGUAGGUCAGAAAGCAGCUGGAGUUAGUGUUAAAGGGGGGUGACUAUGCUGCUCCGGGCCACUGAAUGCUACCUUCCUUGGGGCAGGGGCUCUCCCUGUGUCCACCACAGAGCUUGUGGGUAGCCUUCGAAGCAAUGUCACCCACUGGCGUUGCCAAAUGCCACAUUUCAUUUCAGCCCACACUUAAUCCUUCUCCUUUCCCGGUCCACCCAUGUCUCCUGGGAAUUACGGAGCCCAUGGGAACCUGAGUUUUGUGUAGUACAGGUAGGGGGAGGGGAGGGCAUUUCCUGAACACAGCUUUGCCCCGUGAUGUCAGGAGCUUGCCAAAGGCUGGUGUUGGAGCCCUCUAGGCUUGUGGGUCACCUUAGCCCAUGCUCUGUUGACUGUGUUGGCAUCCACCGUUGCCGGGUGGUUGUGGCAUUGGGGGAGGGAGCAGGGGACAGAAGCGGAACCCUGAUCCUCAGCAGUGAGGUCACCCUGGCGAUGGGCAGGCUGUUUGUCUUGGGGUGCUGGACAGUUUCCAAUCCAGAAUCUAGUGCUCUUCCCACUGCAUUCCUGACACAUGCUGAUUACUUAGUCUAACCAGUGUGUCACCUAGGUUGGGCUGAAACAUUGUUAUGUUGCUAUAAAGCUACUGAUUGAGACACUGAGGAUGAACAGACUCAAAAGCGAACACUAGACACUUAGGCUGCAAGAACCCGCUCGCACCGCCCUGCUUCCCGACCGUCACAGAAAUGACCUUAAGUCUGCGGCCCCACUCCUCUCUCUGCCUUCAUUUUACCCAGAGAUCACCUCCCACCUCUUUCCCCAAAGAAGAAACAAAACCAGUUGCACCUUAAACCAUGGAUAUUUUUUCCUCAGGGGCUUUAAAUAGUUUCCUAUGCAACAUGUCUUGUAGCACAAAUUAAAUUCUACAAAAGUUGCAGUAAA